AUACUGAACAGCCGACUUCAGUCUUCUUAUAAAUUAGAUUAAGCUUUUAGAAACAUAUCAUUCAUUCAGUCCCUCAAACCAAACAACGAAACACCAAAUAAGAUAGAGCGACUUCUGAUUCGUAGAAACAGCAUGUCUAAGACGAUGAUUAAAGAAGACAACAGCAAAGCUUCGAAUGUUGUUGUUGUUAACGAACCAUCUUCACUAGAGUUCGUCUCUUUUCUCGGCAAAGGUGGUUUUGGUUCCGUAGCUCUCAUGAGAGAUUCCAAAUACCAAUUAUACGCUGAGAAAUCAUCUCCAAUGGAUUUCAUCAAGAGUCUCGAGAAAGAACAUAGGAUCAUGCUACGUUUCCGCAACCAUCCACGCAUAGUCCAAACAACGAGCCCUAAUCUUCACAUAGGGUUCAAUCGCAACCGUUGCUACAUCAACAUGGAGUUCGCCUCCAAAGGUACUCUCCACAACGUCAUCUCCCAGCAGUUCCGUGGUAGACCCAUGCCGGAGUUCAUGGUCGGACGUGCGGCUCUUAUGAUCUUACAAGGACUUGAAGCGCUUCACUCCCGAGGCUACGUUCACUGUGAUCUCAAGCCCGCCAACGUUCUCCUCUUCCCUUCCAAGACCUUCGGAGAGCCGUGGGAUCUCAAGCUUGCUGAUUUCGGUUUAUCCAAGGAACCGGGUUCGGAUUCUAGGUCUUCUUUGUCUGGUGGUACGCCGCAGUACAUGCCCCCUGAGUCUUUGGGACCCAACGGAGUGAAGAUGGUGGGACCUGCCGUUGAUAUGUGGUCUCUAGGGUGUGUUGUGGUUGAGAUGUUUGGUGGCUGGCCUGAGAAGAGGCAAGGUUGCUACGCGUGGAGGCUUCCCGGACUUGUGUCUCCGGUGGCUAAUGACUUCUUGAGAAGGUGCAUGGCGUCGCAGCCCUCGCGCAGAUCCACCGCAGCGGAUCUGUUGAAACAUCCUUUUGUUGCGCUGCAAAGAAGACCCAUGAUGAUGACGAUGGCUCCACCACGGCCAGAUCAGAUGCUUCAAUAUUGUCCUCCUCCGGUUAGAAGACAAAUAGGACCAGUGAUGAUGAUGAUGAUGGCUCCACCAAGACCUGGAGAUUUGAUCUGCUGAGAUCAAUCAAAAAUAGGAAAAAAGAGAGGAAUUUGCGAUCAAAGGCAGCUGUUUAGGUUUUUCGGUUGUUAAAGAGUCGUGUAUAGGUUUCAGUUGAGUCCGUGUCUUAAUUUCAGUUGGUCAUGUUUUGGUACUUGCGUGCUAAGUUUCAGACACUCUCGCUUUUUAGGUUCAAGGUCUGAUAUUAUUUGUAAAUGCAUCUUACGUCUCUUAUAUCAGAGUUUAUUCUAAGUGUUUGAUUCUUUGAUAUCUUCUAGUAUUGCACUAAUCAAACAAAAAUGUCGCCACACUUUCAACAAGAUGUAACUCAGAACUAGUAAAGUUUGUGUGUGAUUUUUACAAGAGCAAGCAAGCAUCAUUCUUACAUUAUUUUAGAGAUAACAACAACACAACACAUUAGAAAAGGAAAAAAGCAAUAGGUUUUGAGAUACACAGCUGCUUCAGCUCUAGAAACGUAUAGUAUUCAAAGAUUGAAUCUUCAGAGCUUGCUCCAUCUUAGUUUAACCCUAAUAGUUUAUGUACGAAGGGUUGGGUUAAGGCUAGCUUAUUUUACAACAUCUUUUAAAACACAAGCAGAUAAUAUAUAUCAACAAGUGAUUUAGAUAAUUACAGCAAUUUCAUUAAAAGAUAUAUAAUACAAUCAAACAAUGUUUUGUGGUUUUGGGAUUUUAAGAGGAAAACAAGAUUGUGCGAGAAAUUCAAUUUUUGCAGUUUUGUCAAAAAAUAAUAUUUUGCAAGUCUAACGAAAAACUUGAUUAUGCGGGCGGGUUUUGGUGGAAAAACUCAAUUUAACGAUUUUGGCAGGAAAAUUCAGUUUUACAGAUUUUGCGGAAAACUCAAUUUUACGGUUUUGGUAGAGAAACUCAGUUUUACAGUUUUGUUGGGAAAACUUUUUUUUUUUUUUUGUUAUCUGUUGGGAAAACUCAAUUAUGCAAUUUUGGUGGAAUACUUCAGUUUUGAAAUUUUUUUUUUGGGAGGGAGACCUCGAUUUUGGCGAAAAAAACUUGAUUUUGAGAUUUUGACGGUAAAACUUAUUUUUCAUAUUUCGACGAAGAAAACUCAAUUUUACGGAUUUAAAAAGAAAAUUCAUUUUUGAAGUUCUAACCCUACACCAAAUAUUGUUAUUUACCCAAACAACAUAAUUUAUCUAAUAGGUUCAAACCCUAUCAAAAUCCGUUACUUCUUUAACACAGCCCUAAAUCGGCCAUAAACAUCCCCUAUAUAUUAAUAGAAAAAUAUUUAAAAAGUUAUAACUUGUAGUUUGUAUUAAUUAAAAACGUUUCAUGCUGAGUUGUCACGUAAUUAGAAUGAUAAUUUUGCUUACGUGGCGGGUUGAGAAUCAAUUGAGAAUUUUGUUAGUCCAAAAUUAAAUUUCUAAGGAAUGUUGUAUUAUAUAGUAUAUCCAUUACGAAUCAUUCAUUUAUCAAAAUAAAAUUAUUAAAUAUUCUUUCCUUAAAUAAAACCUACGGAAUUAUCAAAUAUUAUUAAGAUAUAUAUGGCAAUUAAUGAUUUUAAU